GCAAGGAAUUGGAAGAGCUCGUGGACGAGGGAUCCGUCAGAGAGGUGGGCAUGGGAUCCGUCAGAGAGGUGGGCAUGGGAUCCGUCAGAGAGGUGGGCAUGGGGCCCAUCAAAGGGUUGGUCAUCGGAGAGGGGGAGGCAGAACUGUUGUCUCUAAUGAAGUCCGGGCCAUCAUCGUUGAUCAUGUGGUGAACCGAGGCCUUACUAUGGCAGAAGCUGCCAGGUUAGUUGAGCCAAAUCUAAAAAGAUCAACUGUCAAUUCUAUCAUCCGAACCUUUCGCCAAGAAAACCGAAUUAACAGAAAACCUCAUAGUGGUGGUCGUGGCCGUGUGCUGACCGACCAGCAAGAGUUGGCAGUGGUGGAAAUGGUGAGGGCCAGGAAUGAUAUACGGCUGUCAGAAAUAAAGCAGGCAAUUGAGGAGAACAAUGACACCUUUGCCAAUGUGGCAUCCAUCAGCCUACCAACAGUAGCCUGCCUUUUAAAGCGGUACCAGGUAUCAAUGAAACACAUUUACCUGGUGCCUUUUGAGAGAAACAAUGACCGGGUGAAACAACUAAGGGCUGAGUAUGUUCAGAGGGUUAUGGUGCUUGACGCUGAUGUGAACCAUCACAAGUACGUUUUUGUUGAUGAAGCGGGCUUUAACCUUGCCAAAACUCGUCGCCGUCGACGUAACAUUAUCGGCCAACGGGCCACUGUCCAAGUGCCUGGACAACGUGGAGGAAACAUCUCUAUGUGCGCAGCUAUCUCUGAAGAUGGUGUCCUAGGACGUAGGCCAUUACUUGGCUCCUAUAAUGCUACACAUCUUAUUGAGUUUCUCAAUGAAAUUGAGCUGGCCUGUCAAGCAUGGAGGUGGAAGGUCUAUGAUCGCCAUCCCCUUGAGCGUGCCACCCUCCUUCAGGGCAUGGAUGAUGCAUGUGAUGACAUCAAUUCAGUAGGUCGGCGAGGUGGAGCGCCGGAGAGGGAGAGAACAACCGUCACAGCUGGACCUCCGUGGAGGCGGAUACGGGAGCACGGAGGAACAGGGCCUCAGCCCCAGCAGCUGCUUGAAGGAGGAGACAAACUACCUGGUUUGUCGGUUGUGGGAGACGACGAGUGUUCUGGCUCUGGAGUCGGAACCCUGUGGAGACGGAUCUGGGAGAAGAAGACCAUGGGCCCCAGCAGCUUCUCAAGGAGGAGAGCGUCUCGCAUGUUCUUCCCUGUCCAACUGCCCAGUUUUCAGUUCCAGAGCCCUCCCUUUCCAUUUCCCAUUUAG